AUGAUGGACAAGUUCGGGCAAGUCUUGACAAGUCCAAGAAAUCUUCUGCCUGAACACUUGCAGGCCAGGGAUCCCUGGAGAGAUAAGCAACUGUUACCAGCUGCUACAUGGCCGACUAAAACAACAGUGUUUUUUUGUUUAUUUUUGUAUCAUUUUUAUGUUACUAGGGCUGGUGGAUUGGGGCUUAAUUUUGUUGGUGCCAAUGUUGUUAUAUUGUUUGAUCCAACGUGGAACCCAGCAAAUGAUCUUCAAGCUAUUGACAGAGCUUACAGGAUUGGUCAAUGCAAAGAUGUUAAAGUGUUUAGACUGAUAUCCUUGGGAACUGUGGAGGAGAUGAUGUACUUACGGCAAGUUUUACAAGCAGGUAAAGUUCAGAAACUAUUCAAAUCACAACUUCACUGUGCAGUGGUUGGAAGUGAAAAUGCUAAGCGAUAUUUCGAGGCAGUGCAAGGAUCAAAGGAGCAUCAAGGAGAACUUUUCGGCAUCCAUAACCUUUUCAAACUUAGGACUCAUGGGUCUUGUCUUACUAAAGACAUCCUGGAGAGGGAAGGACAAGUAGAAGCUGGAGUCAUGACAGUGACUACUUUGUUAAAAGAAGAACCUCCUCAGAGCAGUUCAGAAAAUUGUGAACAACCAGAUUGUGGGGGAACUAGAGGUCCUUCAAGCACUAAAGCGCAGUUAGAGAGAGAAGAAACUGAUUUUCAUGAUUAUUUUAGUGAUGAUGAUAUUCUGGAAAUUUCCAUGAAAAAAACUAACAGAAAGAAGUCUUGCAGUGCAAAUAAUUUAAUGAUAGCAAAGAGACAGCUUUCCUUAGUGCAAUGUAGAUUCUCUAACUUGUUGCAGAGAGAAACUGAAGCUACCAAAAGAAGUGGUAAUAAUAAUGACUCUCACCAUUCAGGUUCUGAUGGCCAGGCUAUAAGAGCACGUAUCAACAGCAAGUGUGAUUAUGUUCAGAAAUAUGAAAGCUGUGUGCAUAUUUUGGAGCACAGGAAAACUGCUCAGUUACCAAAUGGAACUGAUAAACAAGACAUGCAUAAAGCAGAUUGUCUUGUUUUAUCAGACUCUGAAGAAGAGGUGGACAGAGAAAAUGAGGAUCUAUGCAUUUCAAGGCAAAGUGAUGUAGUAAUGGAAACUGAAAGCAGUUCUGAAGAAAAUUGUGAUGUCAUCUUUCCUACCCAAUUUCCAGCAGGUCCCCAAGCAAUGCAUACUAAAAAAAUUGAAAUACAGACUACAGGAUCUGAAAAUUGUGAAGAGUCACUAAAAGAAAAAAAUGAGUUUGUACUUAAGGAAGAAUGUAGACAAUUUCAUAGUACCGAAUCAAAUUUCAGCAAAAUCAUGUCUUUUAAAAGCAUGAAAAACAGCGCAAUAGAUUUGAAAGGUGCAAGCGACAUAAGUGAUGAGUCUGAUGAUAUUGAAAUUCCCUGUCACUCCAAGUCAGGAAAGUUAAGAACAUUUAGCUUCAUGAAAGGGAAACAAAGGCAUACACAAAGCAAUGCACUAGGCAGAUUCUCAAAAUCUCUGCCUCAAAGGAAGAAGCCUUGGAAGAAAGAAAGAGGAAGUGAUUCUCAGUAUAUAGAUGAAUUUUCAUCCUUUGAAGAUAACUUACAGGUUGAAAAAACUCAUACUCGAGAAAAAAGCUGUAAAUGUAAAAACCAGAGAUGCGGAGUUCAGGUCAGAUCUAAAAUGCUCCAUCCUAUUCAGGAUGGGAUGCGCACCAUUGCACAGAUGAAGUCUGGCAAUUAUGCUGUGCAUAGGAGUUAUACACAUGGAGCUCAGUUUGACCAUCAGAAUCAAAAUGUGGAAUCAAUGGACAGAUAUUUAGAUGGGGUUCAAGAAGUGGCGUAUGUGCACUCAAAUCAGAAUGUGGUUGGAUCAAGCAAGGCUGAGAAUCACUUGAGCCGGUGGGCAAUGCGAGAUGUAUUUGAGUUGAAGCAGUUUUCCCAGCUCCCUGCUAAUAUAGCAGUCUGUAGUGCCAAGAAGAUGUUCCCUGAAAAACAUUCCUCUGAGAGAAACAUCAGUGUUUUUGUUUCAGCCAUCAUCAUUUUUCAUUUGUUUCUCGUCGGUUUAAGGCAGAACAUAUCUGAGCAACUAAUAGUUUUGUCCUUUAAAAAUUGCUGAUUUCAAGUAGAAUUUUUUUUAAAUUAAAUUUAACAGAUUAAAAUGUUAUUAC